AUUCCGGCUGGAGGAAAUGGAAGACAAGGAGUUGGGCAGUAGUUUCGUUUUCUCCGUCUAGUAACCUUAAACUUGAAAGAGCAACGAACAAAACAGAAGCUGAUCCGACAAAAAAAAAAAAAAUUCUUUCUUCAGAAUGGAUGCAGAAACCUUCACCACUGAGAGUAAAGAAACAAUGGAGGACCAAGACUGUGGAGAAGGAGACACAGUAGAUGCAAAACCUGACCGCAAAGGGAGAUUUGUGCUUUUUGGAAGUAAGAAGAAGGAUGGCAAACUGCAGGAAAAAGAGCAAUCUUCUGAAAGCCAUUACAGGAUUGUUUCACCAACAUUCCAGUAUAAGAUGAGCCACCGGCGUGUCGGCAAGUGCAUCAUCAUCAACAACAAAAAUUUUGAUGAAAAGACAGGGAUGAAUGUACGCAAUGGCACAGAUCGUGAUGCUGGAGAGUUGUUCAAGUGCUUUAAAAACUUGGGCUUUGAAGUUUUCAUCUACAACGACCAGACCUGCAGGAAUAUGGAGCGGCUACUUAAAGAAGUCUCAGAAGAGGACCACAGUGACAGCUCCUGCUUCGCCUGCAUCUUGCUGAGCCAUGGCGAGGAGGGCAUGAUUUACGGCACGGAUGGAGCAAUGCCCAUCAAGAGUAUGACCUCGCUCUUCAAAGGAGACAUGUGCAAGAGCCUCGUGGGCAAGCCCAAGCUCUUUUUCAUCCAGGCUUGUCGGGGUUCAGAGUUUGAUGAUGGUGUACAAACAGACUCAGGACCGCCCAAUGACACGAUAGAGACAGAUGCCAAUCCAAGACACAAGAUUCCGGUAGAGGCAGACUUCCUGUUUGCUUAUUCAACUGUGCCAGGUUACUACUCCUGGAGGAAUCCGGGCCGAGGCUCCUGGUUUGUUCAGGCCCUCUGCAACGUUCUUAAUGAGUUUGGCAAGCAACUUGAAAUCAUGCAGAUCCUCACUCGGGUCAACUACAUGGUGGCCACCAACUUCGAAUCCUGGUCAGAGGACCCCCGUUUUAGCGAGAAGAAACAGAUACCUUGUGUGGUGUCCAUGUUGACUAAAGAGCUCUACUUCAACUGAUCUGAGCAGACCAUCUUCACAUGCUGUGCUCCGUCUGCCCUUUCACAGCAUGCGCAUUUUCUGGCCAAGGACUUUAUAGUAGCACACUUUUAAUUUGUUAUCUUUUAACAGUAAAUAUAAACCAAAUUGUUAACCUUUUUUGUCAUUGAUCCGCCAUAAGGAGGGAAACCUCAGUCCAAUACUUGAGCAAAAUAUUUUUACAUAAAUGUAAGAAGCAUUUUUAAGAGGUGCACAUUUCAGGAUGGCAGGCAGGAAAGACACAUCAGGUGUACAAAGACUGACCACUGACUGACCUCGACACGACUGACUUUACUCGACCAAGCGGUCACAACAUUCAGGGAUGAUCCCAGCUGGAAGUCUGUGUGUGAACGCAAUUUUUUUUUACGUUAUGCUGGGCAUAUAGACACCGAAAUGGUAUUUCUUUUUGCUACUUCCUGUUCAAAUCCACUACUUUUUCAGUGAAUGUUCUACUUCAACUUUCUCAGAGUAUUCCAGGGAAUAGUAAUGUCAAAUAUUAUCUGAUCUUUGUCCACUGGCGGUGUCAAAUAUCCAUGUUGCUUUGCCAACUGUGAAAGAUUUUCUGCCACUUUUACUAGAUAUAAAUUUUUACUAGAUUUUUUACUAGAUUUUUGAUCCUAAAAAUUUGUAAAAAUAAUAUAUAAUAAAAAUAAAUAAUAAAAUAGGAGCUUGGAAAAGACAUCCAACACCACACAAAACCUUUGCUGUUCUGUUUUUACAGAACAGGCAACUCGAACAUAAAUUCAAAGCAUAUAAAUGGCCAUUUGUAGCAUUUUAGUUUGGUUUGGUUAUUCCAGAAUGCUCUUCAGAGGAGGUCAAAGAAAGGGCAUGAAUAGAAAUGGAGUGGCAUAUAGUGAAGUAAUGCUGACACCUGCAAGGUUUUGAAAGCUUUUCGUUCAUGCCUCACUGGUUAGUUUGUGUUCACUGAAAAACUGAAAUUAGAUCAGCAUUCAUUCUGUGUAUUUUGAGCACACUGUAGCUUCAUGCAGUAUUUACUGAUGGUUUGUACCGAAUCCGUCUAUAAUCUACAGAGGCAGCUAUUGUUUUACUGGUGACCAUUUUACCCAUUUACCACCCAUCUGACCAAAUGUGCCGUUUCAAACUUGAUGGAAGGUUCUGAAGUUUUCAGAGCUUGUUGUCUUUGGUUAUGUCCAACAGUUUUUAAUUUACUUUUUGGUUCUUUCUGUAUUUUUCAUUCUCAUUGUUCAUCCGGAUCACACACUGAAUCUGCCAGCCUGUGCACCAUCUGACCACCACAAAUUAAAGGCCCUCUUUUCUUUAUGCAUAGAUUAUUAGUGAAGUGCUCCAACUAUACUGUUUUGAAAUGGAAGACAAUUUUUAUUUUUUAUUUUAUAGUACACUGUUUUUACAUUUAAAUGCUUUACAGUGAUAAUAGGAAUGUUAAUUACUUUUUUUUUGCACAAAUGCCCUGAAAAAAUUGUUUACAUUGUCAACAUCACAUUGUAUAAAGUGGGGCUGAUUUUUGUUUAAAUUACUUUAAUUCAAAUGAAUGCAUUUGUAAGCCUUAUUUUAUUGUAUUAAAAGACUUUAUUGAAA